AUGGGUGCGGCCCGCAGAGCGGGCCUGCUGGCGGCGCUGGCGGUGGUCAUCUGCGCCGCCGGCGUGGUGUCGGCAGCUAAAGAGUCGGAAGACAAGGCACAGGCGCAGGCCACAAACCCGCUUUACCAAGCGGCUGCCAAGAAAGCCACUGACGCGAAUCCAAGCUCUGGCUUUGAGCUGGUACCCUCGCCCCCAGUUAGUCCCGAUGACGUUGGCGGCGGGGAGGACGCCUCGGUGAUUGUGGGCGAUGAGGGCGCCGCCUUUGCCGGGUGUGGCGGAGACAGCGAGAUCAUUUCUGCCAUCUUGGACCCCAUUUAUGGCAAUGCUGCAGUGGGCUGCAAUGCCUCAGACAGCUACAGGAUCAUGGCAGCGGGCUGCUUGGGGCUGCGUGAGUGUGUGGUGAGGGCAUCAGCCGAUGUCUUCCAGGACGCCUGCCCCCCGGGAGUCGGCAAGACGCUCAGCUUCAGCUACAAGUGUAGCCCAGGCGCCGUCACUCCUCCAGACGGUGGCGGCGGUGGCGGUGGCGUCGCCCCACCCAGCCCCAACCCGCCACCUCCCCCCGACCUGGGCAACGCUCAGGCCUCUGUGCUGUGGGGAGCCAAUGGCGAGCUGUACCGCCCUGGAGGCCGCCUGGGCGACUGGAGCCAGGCAGGGUACUCAGCCAGCGAGCGUCCCAUCCCCAACUAUCCCGUGAAGUAUGAUGUGCGCAACUAUGGGGCCAGGGGAGACGGCUUCACAGAUGACAGCGGCGCCAUCCAGGCUGCCAUCAAUGCCGCUUCCGUUGAGGCGGCCAGGACGGGCAAUGGCGUGGCGGUGUACAUGCCAGACGGGACCUAUGCCAUCCGGAAGACCGUCAAGAUCACCCAGAGCAACGUGGUGCUCCGUGGCUCCUCGGUGGAUCGCUGCAUCCUCUAUUUCCCUGUCCCGCUGCAAGACGUGUAUGGCUCAGCCACGGUAUGGGCAUUCGGAGGGGCUUGGCUCAGCGCGGUGGGCAAGCGUAUGGACAGCAAGGAUGCAACCACCAGGCUGACCGAUGUGACCGCAAAUGCCAACAGGGGGGACUACCGGCUUCAGGUGGCCAGCACCAACGGUAUCGUGCCCAGGAUGUGGGUGCGCCUCUUCAUGCCAUCCUCCGACAGCACCGGACGCCGCCGGCUGCAGAGUAUCGACAGUGGCGCGGCUCCACGGGCAGGGCGCAAGCUACGCCAGGCGCUGCCCGUGCCACAGGGCAAGGUGUCGGUGCUCGGGGGAGCAGAAGCCCCGACGCAGCCAGUGCCAAACGGCAAGGUCACUGUGCUCAACACUCAGCCUCAGCAGCAGCCCCAGCAGCAGCAGGAGGGGCCGGUCGUCCCCCUGGUGUUUGAGGACCCCUCCCUGCAGGCAGCCCUGGAGGCUGCGAUGAAGGCGCAGUGGGAGAUUGCUGCAGCCGUGGAUGCAGACCCCAACAAGGUGCCAGCACAGUCGCUGGAGCCCAACGGCACAAACCCCUUGGGUCUGGACCCCAUGCUGCUGGCAGCUGCCUACUACGGCGUACAAGCAAUGGCGUUUGACCAAGAUGUCGUCGAGGGAGAGCCUGACAAGGCCCCAGCAACAGCAACGCUGGGCACCCUGGAAUCUUACCUCUACGGAAACAAUGUGGCUGACAGCGGCACCGCGACAAAUAUGUUUUACGGCAAAGAGCGUGUGCGCUACUUGUCGCGCGUGGUAGCUGUCGGCCCUGGAUGGGUGCAGUUUGAGCGGCCACUUCCCUACGACGUCCGUCUCAAGUGGAAGCCUGUGCUGCACCGCUUUGCUCCCAAGGUGUCUGGGGUCGGCUUUGAGAGCUUCCAGAUGGUGUUCAAGUGGAGCCCCUACCCCGAUCACCUGGAGGUGAAGGGCAUGAAUGGCAUCGCCCUGUAUGAUUUAGCCAACAGCUGGGUGACCAAUGUCAAAGUGGUGGAUGCAGACAACGGAGUCAUGGCAACAGGCGUGGACCUUGUGACCUUCUCCGACAUAGUGACGCAGUUCACCAAGCCGCGCGGAACAAAUGACAUGGCCAAGCGCCAGCUCAACGGCCACCAUGCCAUCUGGACCUCCACCUGCAGCCUGGUGCUGGUCACGCGGUUUGACAUCCAGCAACGCUGGUUCCACGACCUGUCGGUAGAUGCGAUGGCGGAGCACACUGUGUACAGCAGCGGGAGGGGGCUGGACAUCAACAUCGACUGCCACAGGGCAGCCGUGCACAACAACCUGUUCACCAACAUCAACACCGGCCUGGGGCUGCGCACCUUCGCGAGCGGCGGCGAAAAGUCGCGCGGCGCAAACGCCGCGGCCAACAGCACCUGGUGGGCGGUCUACCCAUCCCCGACCAGGCCAGUGAGCGUGCCAUCCUGCGACUUUGGCCCCAUGCUCACCUUCUUUGGCUCGUGGCUGGCCCCGUCGCCAAGGCGCCGGCUUCAGCAGGCGGAGCCCGUCAACGCCACAGCUUUGCUGGACGAGGCCACGGCUGUCAAGGUUUCGGCGCAGGCGGUCAGCCCGUGGUGCACGCAGCAGGGGUGGUUUGUGGAGCAGGUGGAUGCCGGCAAGACAGUCUACCCUGCAGACUUGUUUGCGGCGCAGGUGGCUGCGCGCAAGGAGGGUCGCAUGCGCUGA